AUUCCUCGAGCUCCUCCCCACUACCUACCUACCUUCCUUUCUCGCCCUGCCAAAGAAAGGACCUUUUAAGACCGCAAUUGUGUUCACUUGCUCGACACCCGGCACUCACUGCGAAGAAGCCAAAGAAAAAAAUGGCGAAUCCAGCACCGGAUCUCGAGUCUAUCCUGGCCGCUUUAGCUGCACAGCGACCGCCCAACUCGACCCCCGCGCAUUCUCAAGGCGGACAUGCGGCUCCUGCAGCCAGCUAUCCUCCUGCAGCCCACAACCCCUAUGCCACUCAGGCACCGCCCUAUCAAGCCGGCCCCAGCGCUUACGGAUACCCUGCUCCUUCUUCAAGCGGCAAUUUUGACCUGAGCUCUAUCAAGCCUGUGAACUCGGGAACCGUGACAAUUGCCGAUGCGAUUGCGCAAGCAAAAGCCUUUGCGACAAAGAACGGGGCCACACCAUAUGAGCAUUCCUCGCCGUACCCCCCAACAAAGGAACCCCGUGGCCCCGACAGCCGACAAUAUGGGCGCUCGAGAUCUCGCUCUCCACCACCUCGCCGUGACGGAUUUCGAGACAACUUCAACCCCUACCGGGACGAGCGCCGAGAUGACCGUGGGCACCAGCCUCGUGAAUAUGGCAACGACCGUUCCGUCUCCCCUGCUAUUCGAGGUGGCCGUCAAGGUUUCUCGCCACGAGGAGUGAGCGGUGCCCCGAGGGAGAGGUCCCCGCCAAGAGGUGGAGGCGGCGAUGACAACACCGAGACGAUGCAGAUAGAGUCGAGCCUCGUGGGCCUCAUCAUUGGUCGCCAAGGCGAGAAUCUUCGGCGCGUUGAACAGGACUCGCACUGCCGAGUCCAGUUUGUGCCGGCGUCCAACCCUAAUGACCAGUUUCGCAUUUGCAAGAUCACGGGCCCGCGUGGUCGUCGCGCCGAGGCCAGAGCCGCGAUUAAUAGAAUCAUCGAGGACAGUGGCAUGGGAGCGAUUGCCCGUGCAGGCCUGGACACCGGACGUGAGCAUCCACGUGCUCCGGAAUCCGUUUCCGUCAAGGAGGACGAGGAUUGCCUCCAGAUCAUGGUUCCCGACAGAACCGUCGGCCUAAUCAUUGGACGCGGGGGUGAGACCAUCCGCGAUCUCCAGGAACGGAGCGGCUGCCACAUCAACAUCGUUGGCGAGAACAAGAGCGUCAACGGCCUCCGCCCUGUCAAUCUGAUUGGGCCCCAGCCCGCUGCGAUGCAUGCCAAGGACCUGAUUCUGGAGAUUGUCGAUAGUGAUAGCCGGAAUGCCAACCAGGGCGGCGGCGGCGGCGGUAGCGGCGGUGGCGGUGGCGGCGGUGGCCGCCCGCCAAGGAACGACAAUAUGCGGGAUGGAGUUGGUAGUGGUGGUGGUGGCGGCGGCGGCGGCGGCGGCCCGGAGAAGAUCAACGACGCCAUCUACGUCCCAUCAGAGGCCGUCGGCAUGAUCAUUGGCAAGGGCGGCGAAACCAUUCGAGAGAUACAGAACAACACCGGUUGCAAGAUCAACGUCUCUCAAUCAUCGGGGCCGGGCGAGGUCGAGCGCGAGAUUGGCCUCGUUGGCAGCCGCGACGCCAUCAACCGUGCGAAGCAGGUCAUCGAGGAGAAGGUCGAGGCAGUGCGAGCCAAGAAUAGCGGCGGUGGUGGAUUCGGGGGUGGGCGUGGCCGCGGGCAACCCCGCGAUUAUGACAGCCCCAACUAUGGCCAACCCUCUAACAAUAGCAGUGCUGCCCAGAAUUUGCCUCCGGCUGUCCAAGCCCCUCCCGCUGGCGCCGGUGGAGCUGCUGAUCCUUAUGCUCCAUACGGGGGCUACCAGGCCUAUCUGGCGCUUUGGUACCAAGCCCUGGCUUCUCAGCAAGCCCAAGGCCAAGGUGAUGCGGCCAAACCACCGGGAACCGCGUAGUCUGCUGUGUGACCACCGUGGAUCUGCCAUUGCAACCCGAUGCGCUUUUUGACCUGCUCGCGUCCCCUUGACACUCUUGACAUCGUGCCAUCUCGUUGCAUCUUGACAUCUUGACGACUCGUCCGUGUCUGAUGCGCCUUGGCGCUGCACUUUGAUACUCCUCCCACGAACUUUCCUUGAUACCUGGAUACACACGAUGAUUAAUCUUUGCGGCGUUUCCGGACUUCGGCAUACUGGGACUGACUGUACUACCACUGAUCACGGCUGUUACGCAUACAUACGGCUGUUGCGCAUUCUUUUCCCCCCAGGCUCGCACACCUCGACAUUCUAUGAUAUCAUCCAGCUGCUGGUCAC